CUACCCCCGGGCCGACUUGUGGACGCCUCUCGUCCCCUCCCAGCUUCCGAACCUGCGCCAGGGCUCGCCCCUCACCUCCGCGCCAGCCCGUGAGGGAGACAGGAUGGAGUUCAAGCUGGAGGCUCACCGCAUCGUCAGCAUCUCCCUGGGCAAGAUCUACAACUCGCGGGGCCAGCGCGGCGGCAUCAAGCUGCACAAGAACCUGCUGGUCUCGCUGGUGCUGCGCAGCGCCCGCCAGGUCUACCUGAGCGACCCGUGCCCCGGCCUCUACCUGGCGGGGUCCCCGGCGCCGCCGCAGCCCGGGGAGCCGGCGGCCGGGGGCGGCGGCCCCGCGGGCUGCCAGGCGCUCGGCGCGAGCCCGCUGAAGAAGCCCCGGCGGCACUUGGAGGAGCAGCCGGCCGGGGCGGCGGCCGAGGAGGAGGAGGAGAUGGAGACCGGUAACGUGGCCAACCUCAUUAGCAUCUUCGGUUCCAGCUUCUCGGGACUCUUACGGAAAAGCCCCGGGGGCGGCCGGGAGGAAGCCGAGGGAGAGGAGAGCGGCCCGGAAGCCGCCGAGCCCGGGCAGAUCUGCUGCGACAAGGCGGUGCUGAGAGACAUGAACCCGUGGAGCACAGCCAUCGUGGCCUUCUGAGCCCAGGGGCCCCGUGCGGGAAGCAGGUUGAGCAGCGGGCGACUCCGACGUGAGGGCUGGGCCUCUCCCGGCUGCGAGGCCGCCCCAGAGACGAAGGCGCCGGGCGCGGUGCGGAGACUGUGGGUGCUGCUGGGCAGCACGGACUCACUGCCCUCGGCCUCGGCGGCCCUGCGGGGACUCGGGGGCGUGAGGCUUAUUGGAAGAGGACGAUCGUUAACUUUUGUGUCUGUGUGUGUGUGUGUCAGUUUGUCUUGUUGAAUUAAGACUAUUUUGUCCUUUUGGAAUGCGUCGCCCUUGCCCCGGGGCUCAGGAGGUUGGGGGCGACAGGGACUUUCCUCUGCCGGCAGCACCGAGAAGGAAGCGGCUAAAAGGGCCGGGGCCGGGGAGUUCCCCAUUCGUUCUCGGGGGAGGAAGGGACUUUACACACACCCCUUACAUGAAAGCUAGAACCGCACCCGGGCCAGGAGUGGCGUUUCCUCCCAGGAUUUCCUAAAUCUAGAGGGAUUUAGUCUGGAGUAGAGACUUGUGUCCUUUUCUCUCCCUCCCCACCUUUCUCUUUCACUGAAGAAACGUCUGUACCCUGUGAUUACUCUGGGAAAGGGGAAUGUUAGCGGCCCAUGUCUUCCCCACAGGGGAAAAAAAGCUUGAUAAACUUCACAGGAAAGUUCAAGCUUGGAAAUAUGGAGUUUAUAGAGAAGAGAUAUAUUUUCAAAAGCUCUAGAUCAGAACUACUACACAGUGCUUUUAAAAAAGUGUUUAAUGAAACAAAGUUUACAGACAGAAGCCCUAAGUGGAAUGACCUUCUGGGUUUGUAUAUAUGGUGACUCCAGUCUUUGUUGUAUAAAGGUUGGGGGAGCUGACAAGGUUUUUGUACAGUAUUUUCUCCUUCGUUGUAUUGAUUUUUGUAUAAAAAUGUAACUUUACGUGUCUAACACGUAUUAAAUAUUUUGAAGCAACU